CAAGCAUUCCCAUCCUCUCGCCCUCGCAUUCGCAGCGACGACACAUUUCCUUCCCCUCUCACCUCUCCACUGGCACGAAUCCCGAGUCGCAUUGACCCCCCGUCCGACCCCGCGACUGCCUCCGGCCCAACAGGACCGCCUCCGCAUAGUCAAGCCAGAGAGUCUGCCGCCUUAGCGCAUUCUGUUGGCCAUGUCCAGAUGAUAAAGAGCCACUAGAGGACCGGGGAAUUAGAAGUGUCAUACCUGCAGUAGCCUGCGCCUGGGUCGACCCCCCAAUGCAAAAGCCAAUCGCCGGACCAUCCAUGUCCGCUGCGCCAAACCAACACCUUCCUGCAGCCAGGAAGCUGCCGCCAUCCCCCGCCUCUACGGGCCCUUCCCGCACGCGCAACACCAUCCGAUCCCUCCUCGCCCCUUAGACUCGUCAGCAUGUCGUCGCAGAGAAACAGCACGGGCGGCAAUCCCCCUUACCUGAGGAGUCCGCAGCAGCAAGGCUCCCCCAAUCCCAACAAUCAAUCUCCGCAGCCAGGCUCAAACGGAGGACAUGCGCAUUACGCACAACCCCAGUACCCCGGACAACCAACAUACGGCUAUCAUGCACCUGCUCCGCCCUACCAACCUCCGCCGCAGCAGAGCGGAGCGCAAGACACCUACGCCGCCCCCGUCCGGCAGUAUUCGGUUUCCGCCCAGUACCCGGGACAAGCACAAUACCAGUACAACCCGCAAGACUACUCCCAGUCGCAUCAGCCGCAGCCUCUCAUUUCUCCCUACAAUCCGCGCAAUUACGUAGACACGGGCCAAGGUGCAUACAACCCCCAACACUACGCCCCCAACUCCGCCUUUUCCCCCACCUCGCCCAUCGCAACUAGUGCCACCAGCGGGCCCCUCGACACCUUCGCCUAUCAGCAGCAAGCGUCUUACCCAAAUCCAGCACAUCAAUUUCCGCAGUCUCCGCAACACUCCGUUCACAGCCCUCAACAGUCCUUCAGUCCUCGAUCACCGACACAACCGAUAGGCUAUGCCUCCAACUACGCUCCUUCCCCUCCGCACCAGCGCUCACAAUUUGCGUCCCCAAUCUCGCCCAUACAGGCACAGAGUGUGCAACACCAGUCCGGCAACUAUUACCCCAGCCCGCCUGCUCGUCAAUAUAGCGACACUCGACAGUCACCAUCCCCGCUCUAUCCCACCUUUUCCCAUGCAUCGGCCUCGUCUCAGGGCAUUAGCCCGGGACCCACGCCUCCCGUGCAUGCGCCGUCAAGAACGGGGACUCUUGGGCGUCAUCCCGAUUCGCGACCGUUGCCCAUAACACCGGAAACCGACACCGAGGCGGACUACUUCUACAACGCCAACGAUGCCCCGACGUACCUCUCGCGUGAGCAGCGAGAAGCUGUCUCGCAGCAAGAGCUGUUCCAGCAGGUCGAAGAUGCCGUCAGGGGCGCCCCCGGGCGGCCAUCGCACAGCCCCAGUAUAUCUGUCAGCCAGCCGCCGACCGCUCCAAUGCGGGCAUCAUCGGCAUCACUGUUUGCACAGACACAACCUGGCGCGGCGCGGUCCGAGGGAGCUCUCAACGGCCACCUUCAUCCCGCGGCCGCCGAGCAUGUCUACAGCAGCGACAGUGACGCGGAAGCGGCGCAGGGGCUGGCAAUGAUGCAGAUGGCAGAUGAAGACGAAGCUCGGAGGCGACAGAGUGGCGGUGGUCAGACACGGUUCGGCAGCGGCUACGCGUCUCAACGAGGCUCUCUACCCCAACCUCUUCCCCUGCCGCCCGAGGCUAGCGACAGCGACGACUAUGGAGCCGUCGACAUGACUUCUUUCGGCGGCUAUGAUGUGCACAUGGCGUAUGGAGGGGAUCCAAGCACACUUGCUGUUGGAGGCGAGAUGAAUGGGUACAACCAUUACAGCCAACCUCCUAGUCAGCAAAGCUCCAUGCGUAGAAGCCAUGCAUCGCAAUCAAGCCAGGCGAGCCGCGAUUACGAGUAUGCGAUGAACUCCAUCCACCCGUUCCGGCCGUUCAACGCGCCUGCGCGGGUCGAUGCCGGAGGCACUGGUGGCUUGUCCGAGCCGACUGCAGAUGGAAGAAGGUUGAGCUACGAUGAGGGCGACGAGUAUGCCUUCUUGGAGGGAGGGAUUCCCGAUCGCUUUCCCGAUGAGCCGCCGGACAUCUUUUACCAGCCUGCUUCGACAUCCUACCGACCUCUUCCUGCACCUCCCGGAAACGAGUACAUGCCACCGCUCCAAACGGACUUCCGGGAGGGCCAGCCUCCAUCGCCAUAUCCAGCUGCCCCAGACGAAUAUCACACACUGAAUCAACACGGGCAAUGGGUUCCCAGAUCGUCGUCGCUCAUGAGCCACCCGACCACCCCACAUGCAAGUCAACCGUCAAGAUCCAAGACGGAUGCUGAGCUGCGAAAAUUGCCGCCCAAGAGCACGCCCAUAACACCAGCUCUCGAUCUGCCUUCGCUGCCCGGCAAACGCUUCAUGCCUUCCCAACUUGGUGCACCCGCGUUCAAGAAAUGCGAGGAGCCGUGGAGUCUUAUGUCGAUUCUGAAAUGGUUGCUGCAGGUCACCAAUCCGGAGCAGGUUACGGAAUUGAAGGAAGCGGAGGUCAAGGAGGCGCUGGUAGCACUCUUCACCAACAAAGUGCCCACGAUGAACAUUGCGGAUGCGGAAACGCUGAGCAAUCGUGUGGUGCAGGAUAUGUACGGCGCCGAGACGUUGAUCGCAACGGAAGAGUGGGUCAAGGUCGUGCCCGGGCCCAUGUCUGGUGUCAUCUUCCAGUUGACCGGCACUGGGUGUUAUUCCCCGACUCUGCACGACCAUGUCAUCCCUGGACGAUGCUAUUCUCAUCACUGCCAGCGCACUCUCAAGAAGGUGAACCUGCUCGGGCAGAAGCUGAGGACAUCGGAAAGCUGGGCAGAGUACUAUCGUCUUACGAAGGAGGAUGUCGAGGGCAAGGACAAGAAGGAGCUUGAGCGACAGUACAUGCUGCACGAGACUGUCACCACGGAAGAGACGUACAUGGAGCAGCUGAGUGUUCUGCGCACGCUAUACCGUGACGCUUUGUCCCGUUCUGAGCCGUCCAUCAUCUCGCCGAAGCGGAAGACGAAGUUCCUCACGGACGUCUUUGGCAAGUUCGAUGCGAUCCAACAGGCGAACGAAGAACAUCUACUCCCUCAGCUGAAGUAUCGGCAGCAAGAACAAGGGCCAUGGAUUGUCGGCUUCUCCGACAUCUUCCGGCAAUGGAUCCGGAAAGCAAAGGCGGCAUACAUCGACUAUGCCGGUGCGUUUCCCGGCGCUACAUUCCUCGUGCGGCAGGAGAUUGAUCGCAAUCUUGACUUCCGAACGUUCAUCGAGCGCGCGAGGAGUGAUAAGAAGUCUAAUAAACUCGGCUGGGACACGUACUUGAAGGCGCCGAUCACGCGGCUGCAGCGGUAUACGCUGCUGUUGGCCGCGGUGUUGAAGACGAUGAAGACGGAGAGCGAGGAGAAGGCCAAUUUGAAGCUUGCAUACGACGAGGUGAAGGCGGUGACGCUGGAGUGCGAUGCGCGAGUGGCGGACAUGCAGACCAAGGUGGACCUGAUGGACCUUCAGCAUAAGCUCGUCCUGCGGCCGGGAAUGCAGAAUGCGGUCGAAUUGAAUCUGGAUCAUUUCGGGCGCGAGCUGAUUCAUCGUGGCGAUUUGCAGCGAAUGGGCGGGAACCGCUUUACGUGGUUGGACUCGCACGGUCUGCUGUUCGACCAUUACCUCGUGCUGGCGAAGACGGUCUCGCAGCGGUCGGAGCAGGGCGGCAAGGUGGAGAAGUACGAUGUAUCCCGACUGCCCAUCCCGAUGGACCUGCUCAUCCUCGAGAGCGCGUCGGACCCGGCAGUGCAGAAGAGUUCGUACAUGAAGGGCAUCACUUCCGUUCGCGACGUCACUGGCAGGACGUCGACGCCCCAAGCCGGUGGCGAUACCAACAAUCUCGGCCGCGUCCAGUCGCCUACUUCUCCCGCGCCGCAGCUCCAACACACCAACACGGCUGCAUCGGGCGCCAGCUUGACCACGGUGACGACGCUGAGCGAGAACAAGGAUGCCGAUAAGAUCAUGUAUCCCUUCAAAGUCAAGCACCUCGGCCGCGACACCUACACGCUCUUUGCGCCGACGGAACAAGCACGGCGCGAGUGGUGCAUGAAAAUCACAGAGGCCAAGAUCAAGCAUGCCGCCUCGCUGUACAACCAAAACGCCGAGCCCUUCAAGCUGCGCGUCAUGGCCGAUGCCGCGUUUGUCUUCGAUGCAUUUGCCGGCACGGCGGGUAAGGCGCCGACGAUCAAGGGCACGCCGGUGGAUCGCGCGAUCCAGGAGGUUGAGCAAAAGUUCAAGGAGGUGGGCAAGCCGGGGCCGAUAUGUCGGGCAAGAGUCAAUUGCGCAACGAGUUUCGCCACGCCGCACCCCGAGAACAAGCAGAUGGUUGCCGUCGGCACGGACUUCGGGGUGUUUGUUAGUGAGAUGAAUAACCCCCGAGGCUGGUCCAAGGCAAUCUCCAUGUCCCGCGUCACGCAAGUGGCCGUGCUGGAGGAAUUCAAUCUGUUCCUCCUCAUCUCCGACAAAUCCCUCAUCGCCUACCACCUCGACACCCUCUUUCCCACCGGUGCCACCACCACCCCGAACGAUACCGCGUCCAAAGCCCCGCAAAAGCUUUCCGGCAGCAAAGACGUCGGCUUCUUCGUCACCGGCCGCAUGAAAGAGCGCGCGCUCGUCUUCUACAAGAAGCGUGAGAAUCUCGCGUCGGUCUUCAAAGUGCUCGAGCCCGUGUAUCAAAAGUCGACCGAGCGGCGGCGUGGCAUGUUCCGCCGCGGCAACACCGAGUUCUUCCGCGACUACGACGAAUUCUACAUCCCGGCGGAGUGCACGGGCAUCAACCUCUUCCACUCCUCGCUGUCCGUCAGCACCUCCAAGGGCUUCGAGGUGAUGACGCUCGAGCGCAAACAGGCCAUGUCUGUGCCUGACCUGUCGGCGCAACAUGUACAGAACAUUGCCAGCCAUAUCAAAGAGGAGAAGGCGCUGUCGAUGCUUCGCUUGAGCGAUCAGGAGUUCUUGCUCGUGUACGCGCGUUGCGCAGUGUACAUGAACAAGCACUCCGACGUGUCGCGCUCGGUGAUUAUGGAGUUUGUAGGCUGCGCGCAGUCUGCUGCACUGUAUGGUCCCUAUCUGGUGCUGUUCGAUCGCGACUUUGUGGAGAUUCGCAAUGCGCAGAAUGGCCGGCUGAAGCAGAUUAUUGCAGGGAGGGAGGUGAAGUGUUUGGAUGAUGGGGGCAGCUGGUCCGCGGCGGGAGGAUCGGGAGGGGGAGGGAGCGAGAGUGGAGGGCGCACGGUGAAGUUUGUGAUGCAGCAUCCGGAGCAGGAGAAGACGCAGAUUGUGGUGGAGUUGUUGUUGAAUGAGAAGAUGAAGGAGGGAUUGGACUGAAGCGGGGUGGGAUGAUUUGGAUGAAUCAGGGGCGUUUGUUUGGAUCUCGAGACGAUCUUGGCUAGUCGGAUGGGUUUGAGGCGGCGAUAGGUGUUCAUGGCGUAUGGCGAGACGCGCGAGGUCACUGGGUAUGGGCUGAAUGGAGGGAUCAAGACUUGGCCUUGAUGGUCAAUCUCGUAUCAACCGUGUUGCUGUAUACUGUCUAUCAAUACACGCUUUCUAC